GCAGCAGUUGCGGCUGCUGCUGUUGGUUGCCAGGAUGGGCACCCUGACGCCGCACUGGCAUCCCCUGUUGCCACGGCGGCGGCAAGGAGUGUAGCACACCAGUGCGGCUGCGUGUUUUGCCCAUGUCACUACGAUACGGAGCAGCUUAUGGCGCAGACUGUGGAGAAGCAAUCGUACGAGGCUUCGCCGCCGUACACUUCCGCUGUUGCAGACCACCAGAUGUGCUUUGGCAAGACGCCUCCAAGCUCUGGAGGGCUGCCUCAAGCCCCGGCUACCGUACCACCAGUCGCCUCUACCGUCGGGCCCGUGUCGCGUUUCGCGUUGAACUCCGCCGCCGCUGCUGCGCCCACUACCGCUGACGUCGGCGCCGGCGGCUGCAACGGCCACAUCA